AUGAUUCCAUCACUUGUUAAUCUUGCAUCUCGUAUCUUGGGAAAAUAUUUUUUGUCUAUUGAAAGUUGUCGUUAUUUACCAAAUGAAAUUGUUGAAAAAAUUUUUGAUGAAUAUUUAAAAACAAUAUCAUCAUUAUCAAUAAUUAAUGAAAAUGAUCUUAUAAAAAUAAUCAAUAUUUUAACUGAUUAUCAUUCAGAUAUAUUUUGUACAAGUUUUUGUUAUUCUAUAACAAAUAAUUUAAAUUUUUUAACGGCUAAUUUUUAUCUUCAUUUAUUAAAACGUAUAAAUUUAAAUGUAAUUCAACUUGAUUUUUCAUAUGCUUUGGAAAAAUUUGAUCAUGAAGAAAAAAGAAAAAUUUUAAAUAUUAUUGGACAAAUGGAAAAUAUUGAAUAUUUAAGAUUAACUUUUAAUCAAUUAGAUGAUGAAGAUAUUCGAUUAUUAACAGCUAGUAAUCGAAUUCGAAGCAAAGCUUUAUGUAAUUUACAUAGUUUACAUCUUCAAGGAAAUAAUCUCACAAGUCAAUCAGGACGUUUUCUAAAAGCAUUAACGUCACUUGAUACUCUGUAUAUCUCACUAGUCGCUUCUCAUGAAAAGUCAAUAUUUAUUAAAGAAUUUGAUAAUCUUCAUGAAUGUAAUUGUUCAAUACAAAAUAGUUGGGAAGAAAUAACUAAUCGUGGAUGGAUUGCAAAAAUUUCUCAAUUACAAUCUUCAACAACAACAGUCGAUAAUAAUUUUUAUCGAAAACGACGUCGAGUUGACAAUGAUGAUUCUAUACAAUUAAUAAAACUUGUUCGAUUUUGUUCAACAUGUCAUCAAAGUUCUUCAUCAAAAGCAAUUAAAAAGAAAGAAAAAGUUGUUUCUGAUCCCAUAGGAUUUAUAGAUUCCACACAAGCAAAUGAUCUCUUAUCAUGUUAUUUAUAA